AUGUAUCUAUCGAUUUAUCUAUCUAUGUACAUUCUUUACCUAUCCAUCUAUCUAUGUACGUUCUUUGACUAUCUAUCUAUCUAUCUAUCUAUCUAUCUAUCUAUCUAUCUAUCUAUUGUUGUACAUUAUUUAUCUAUCUAUCUAUGUACGUUCUUUAUCUAUCUAUCUAUCUAUCUAUCUAUCUAUCUAUCUAUCUAUGUACCUGAUGUACCUUUAAAAAGACUCAAGUUGUAUUAUAUAGAACGGUAUAUCUAUCUAUCUAUCUAUCUAUCUAUCUAUCUCAGUGAUUUAUCGCUCUCUCUCUCUUUAUCUAUCUAUCUAUCUAUCUAUCUCAGUGAUUUAUCGCUCUCUCUCUCUCUCUUUCUCUAUCUAUCUAUCUAUCUAUCUAUCUAUCUAUCUAUCUAUCUAUCUAUUUUAUUAUUAUUUCGCCCCACGCAAGGCGUUGAUGCCAUUAAAACACCUGGAGUUACUAGGGAGGAACGAGAACGAAAACGAGAACGAGAAAAUUUUAAUUUAGGAGAAAAGGCAAUAAAAAACAGAAAUCUAUCUAUCUAUCUCAGUCAUUUGUCCCUCUAUCUUCUCUCUAUCUCAGUCCUUUGUUCCUCUCUCUCUAUACAUCUCUCUAUAUCUAUCUAUCUCAGCUUAUACUUUCUUUCUCUUUGUCUAUCUGUCUAUCUGAAUCUGUUCGUGUGUCCGUCUCUGUGGUUGUUGGUCGGUUUGUUAACCAAUAUUCUCACCUCAAUAUAUUUAUUCUCUUUCUUUGUUGUUUUGAUUCUUACUAUGCUUUCUUUAGCUACAUUUUUUUCUUUCGUUAAUUCUUUGUUAUGCAAUCAUUCUGUGCGUGUUUUCCUUCUGUCAUUCUUUUAUUCUUUCAUUCCUUUUUGUUUAUUCUCCCAUUCCAUCAUUCUUUCUUUUAUUUUCCGUUUCUUUAUUCAUUCUGUUAUUCUGCUUCUGUUUCUUUAUUCUGUGUCUUUCCUUUACUUUUCAUUUCUCGUAUACUUUCUGUUAUUUUUUUUUUAUUUCUUUCAUUUGCAGUUGACUUUCGUCAUUUUUAUCCUUUUCUUUUUCUCCUUUAUUCAUAUUUCUUUUUUCUAUAUUCUCUCUUCCCGUCUUCUAUUUCUUUUAAACUAUUUACAUUUUGUAUUUCAUUUCUUGAUUUCUCUUUGCAUAUUCUUCCUUCCAUUCUUUGUUUGGUCUUCACUAUCCAAAACAUUUCUUUUUUACUUUCAUAGAUUGGCAUUAUUCAAAAUUUUAUUUCUUUCUUUCUUUCUUUCUUUCUUUCUUUCUUUCUUUCUUUCUUUUAAUCCAUCUCAUUUCUUUCUUUUUUCUUUCUUUCUUUUUAUUUUAUUCCAUCGUUUUUUUUUGUCAUUCUUUUCUUUUUUCUUUCUUUUUCUUUUUUUUUUUUUUAUUAUUUUCUUUUCUUUUUUCUUUUCUUUCUUUUUUUCUUUCUUUCAUUGCUUAUUUAUUUUAUUAGCUAUCCGUUUUUUUCUUUUUUCUUUCUUUCUUUCUUUCAUUUCUUUCUUUUUUUUUUUCUUUCUUUCUUUUCUUUCUUUUAAUCCAUCUCAGUUUGUAUUCUUUCUUUCUUUCUUUCAUUGCUUAUUUAUUUUAUUAGCUAUCCGUUUUUUUCACUUCCGUGACUCAUUCUUUCUUUCUUCAUUUCUUUCUUUGUUUCUUUCUUUCUUUCUUUGUUUCUUAGUUUCUUUCUUUCUUUCUUUCUUUCUUUCUUUUAAUCCAUCUCAUUUGUAUUCUUUCUUUCUUUCUUUCUUUCAUUGCUUAUUUAUUUUAUUAGCUAUCCGUUUUUUUCACUUCCGUGACUCAUUCUUUCUUUCUUUAUUUCUUUCUUUGUUUCUUAGUUUCUUUCUUUCUUUUCUUUCUUUCUUUCUUUCAUUAGUUCUUAUUUAUUUUUCUUUUCUUUUAUUUUAUCCUUUUCUUUUCUUCAUUUCUUUUUUCUUUGUUUUUUCUUUCUUUCUUUCUUUCUUUCUUCUUUUUUCCAUCUCACUUAUCCGUUUUUUUCACUUUUUUUCUUUCAUUCUUUCUUUCUUUAUUUCUUUCUUUUCUUUAUUUUUUUUCUUUCUUUCUUUCUUUUUUUUCUUUCUUCUUUUUCUUUCAUUGUUUAUUUAUUUUAUUUUUCACUUCUGUUUUUUUUUCUUCAUUUCUUUUUCUUUCAUUUUUCUUUCUUUCUUUCUUUUCUUUCUUUCUUUUUUUUUCUUUCAUUUCCGUUUUUUUUUCCGUGAUCAUUCUUUCUUUCUUUUCUUUCUUUCUUUUGUUUUUUCUUUUUUCUUUCUUUCUUUCUUUUUUAAUCCAUCUCAUUUUCUUUUUUCUUUUUUUUCUUUUUUCUUUCUUUCUUUCUUUCUUUCUUUUUUUCCAUCUCAGUUUAUUUAUUCUUUCUUUUCUUUCAUUUUUUUUUUUAUUAUUAUCCGUUUUUUUCGUGACUCAUUCUUUUUUUUCUUUAUUUCUUUUUUUUCUUUCUUUCUUUCUUUUUUUUUAAUCCAUCUCAGUUUGUAUUCUUUUCUUUCAUUUUCUUUUCAUUGCUUAUUUAUUUUAUUAGCUAUCCGUUUUUUUCACUUCCAUGUGACUUUUCAUUCUUUCUUUCUUUAUUUCUUUUCUUUGUUUCUUUCUUUUUUCUUUCUUUUUUCUUUUCAGUUUCUUUUUCUUUUCUUUUUUCAUUGCUUGUUUUUAUUUUAUUUUAUCCGUUUUUUCACUUCCGUGACUCAUUCUUUCUUUCUUCAUUUCUUUCUUUUUGUUUCUUAUUUUCUUUUUUCUUUUUUAAUCCAUCUCAGUUUGUAUUCUUUCUUUCAUUUCUUUCAUUGCUUAUUUAUUUUAUUAGCUAUUAUUUUUUUUCACUUAGUGACUCAUUCUUUCUUUCUUCAUUUCUUUCUUUGUUUCUUAGUUUCUUUCUUUCUUUCUUUCUUUCUUUCUUUCUUUCAUUGCUUAUUUAUUUUAUUAGCUAUCCGUUUUUUUCACUUCCGUGACUCAUUCUUUCUUUCUUCAUUUCUUUCUUUGUUUCUUAGUUUCUUUUUCUUUCUUUCUUUCUUUCUUUUAAUCCAUCUCAUUUCUUUCUUUCUUUCUUUCUUUCUUUCUUUCUUUCUUUCUUUCUUUCUUUCUUUUAAUCCAUCUCAGUUUGUAUUCUUUCUUUCUUUCUUUCAUUGCUUAUUUAUUUUAUUAGCUAUCCGUUUUUUUCACUUCCGUGACUCAUUCUUUCUUUCUUCAUUUCUUUCUUUGUUUCUUAGUUUCUUUCUUUCUUUCUUUCUUUCUUUCUUUCUUUCUUUCUUUCUUUCUUUUAAUCCAUCUCAUUUCUUUUUUCUUUUCUUUCUUUUCUUUCUUUUAAUCCAUCUCAUUUCUUUCUUUCUUUCUUUCUUUCUUUCUUUCUUUCUUUCUUUUAAUCCAUCUCAGUUUGUAUUCUUUCUUUCUUUCUUUCAUUGCUUAUUUAUUUUAUUAGCUAUCCGUUUUUUUCACUUCCGUGACUCAUUCUUUCUUUCUUCAUUUCUUUCUUUGUUUCUUAGUUUCUUUCUUUCUUUCUUUUUCUUUCUUUUUUCUUUUUCUUUUAUUUAUUUUAUUUCUUUCAUCCGUUUUUUUUCACUUCCCUUAUUUUUUUUUUUUUUCACUCAUUUUUUUCUUUUUUCUUCAUUUCUUUUCUUUGUUUCUUUUUUCUUUCUUUCUUUUUUCUUUCUUUCUUUUCUUUGUUUUCUUUCUUUUCUUUUUUCAUCCAUCUUGUUUUCUUUCUUUUCUUUCAUUGCUUAUUUAUUUUAUUUAUUUCGUUUUUUCUCUUUUUUUCUUUCUUUCUUUUCUUUCUUUUUCUUUUUUUUCUUUUUUCUUUCUUUUCCAUCUGUUUUGUAUUCUUUUUUUCUUUCUUUUCAUUGCUUAUUUAUUUUAUUAGCUAUCUAUUUUUUUUCAUUCUUUCUUUUUCAUUUUCUUUUCGUUUUUCUUCAUUUCUUUUUCUUUGUUUCUUUCUUUUUUUUUCUUUCUUUCUUUCUUUCUUUUUUCUUUUCUUUUUCUUAUUUAUUUUAUCCAUAUCCGUUUUUUCAUUUCCUUGACUCAUUCUUUUCUUUAUUUUAUUUCUUUUUUUUCUUUUCUUUCUUUCUUUCUUUCUUUCCAUUUCUUUCAUUUCUUUUCUUCAUUUUUUCAUUGCUUUUUAUUUUCUUUUUCUUAUUUUUUCACUUUUUUUUUUCUUUCUUUCUUUUUCUUUUUCUUUCUUUCUUGUUUCUUACUAUCCGUUUUUUUUUUCACUUCCGUGACUCAUUCUUUUCUUUCUUUUCAUUUCUUUCUUUUUUUCUUUCUUUCUUUUUUCUUUUCUUUUUUCUUUGUAUUCUUUCUUUCUUUCAUUGCUUAUUUAUUUUAUUAUUAUCCGUUUUUUUUUCCUGUUUCUUCAUUUCUUUCUUUUCUUCAUUUCUUUCUUUUGUUUUCUUUUCUUUCUUUCUUUUCUUUUUUUCAUUUUCUUUCUUUCUUUCUUUAUUUUAUUUAUUUUAUUGCUAUUUUUUUUCACUUCCUUUCUUUCAUUCUUUCUUUCUUUUAUUUCUUUCUUUCUUUUCUUUCUUUCUUUCUUUUUCUUUCUUUUUCUUUUUCUUUCUUUUUCAUUGCUUAUUUAUUUUAUUAGCUAUCCGUUUUUUUCACUUCCGUGACUCAUUCUUUCUUUCUUCAUUUCUUUCUUUGUUUCUUAGUUUCUUUCUUUCUUUUCUUUCUUUUAAUCCAUCUCAUUUCUUUCUUUUCUUUUUUCUUUCUUUCUUUUCUUUCUUCCAUUCAUUUGUAUUCUUUCUUUCCUUCUUUCCUUCUUUCUUUCUUUCUUUCUUUCUUUCUUUCUUUGGUUGUUCUGCAGUAUCACUGAACUUUCUUCCUUUCUUUCUUCCUUUAUUAGUUACUUAUUUGUUCUGCAUUAUAUCAAGCAUUAUUUCUUUCUUCUUUUCUCCUUUCUUUAUUUAUUUUGUCUGUCUUACUACUAGUUCUUCUUUCUUUGUUCCUAUUUUUCUUUCUUCCUUUCACGUGCCCAACACCUUGCCUUUUCUGCCAUUCUUUCAUUCUUUUUUAAAUGUAUUUUUAAACGUCGUAUUCUUUCAUGACAUAAGCCUUUUAAUGGUCACCUCGAACAAUUACGACUGA